AUGGCUCGCCACUCUGGCUGGGAUCUCAACACUCAUGCUAUUAUUACAUCAAGCUAUGGCCAGUAUUCUGACAAGUGUCCGAUCCAAUGCGCUGGUGUCAUGGCCAAUCCGUUAAACUGGACCCGUUUGUAUCGACUGGAAGACCUCCCCAGAUGCGACGACGGUAUCCUGUUCAGCUUCAACAUACAGAACCUCCUGACAGACCCGAAUACGCAAGUUUCUGUGCAAGCAUGCUCGUACACCGGCGAUACCAGUGAUCAUUCUGGAUCGUCGCCUCCACAGCGCAGGGAUGAUCCUGUUGAUCAAGCGGACGUUGAGCAUACGCUCUCUAUCAAAACCAAUUGUGGCGCCUCCAUUACGCAACGACCCUCUUCUCCCCGAGUAGACUCUGCUGCUAGCGGCGCCAUCGAUAUCUCUGACUACAUUCACCACGCAGCAGAAAUGCUGGUCACAUAUCUGCAGAAUGUGGCAGAAUGCGGCAUCACAAUCAUGUUCGCCCAGAGCGGAAAUGCACAUUGGGGUUGA